AGCGCCAUCUCGGUGGUAAAAAUCCUCAGGGUCUUGAGAGUGUUGAGACCUUUAAGAGCCAUAAAUCGAGCUAAAGGUCUCAAACAUGUGGUCCAGUGUGUGUUUGUGGCCAUCAAGACCAUCGGCAACAUCGUUUUAGUCACGAUGCUCUUGGAUUUCAUGUUUGCCUGCAUUGGCGUUCAGCUUUUUAAGGGGAAAUUUUUUUUCUGCACAGACCCGCUCAAAAUGACGGCGGAAGAAUGCCGGGGAAGGUUUAUACAACACCAGGAACAUGCUCUCCACGACAUGGUGCUCAGUCAACGUGUAUGGCUGAACAGUGACUUAAACUUUGACAGCGUUUUGAACGGCAUGCUGGCUCUCUUCACCGUGUCAACAUUCGAAGGCUGGCCAGACUUGUUGUAUAAAGCCAUCGACUCGAAUUUGGAAAACGUUGGCCCGAUUUACAACAACCGCAUUGAGAUUUCCAUCUUCUUCAUCUUUUACCUCAUCCUCAUCGCCUUCUUCAUGAUGAACAUCUUUGUGGGCUUCGUUAUCGUCACCUUCCAAGAACAGGGAGAGCAGGAGUACAAAAACUGCGAGCUGGACAAAAACCAGCGUCAGUGUGUCCAGUACGCACUGAAGGCCCGGCCUCUGAGAUGCUACAUCCCUAAAAACCCGCAUCAGUACCAGGUGUGGUACAUCGUCACCUCUUGUUACUUCGAGUACCUGAUGUUUCUCCUCAUCAUGCUCAACACCAUGUGUCUGGGGAUGCAGCACUGUAAUCAAUCAGAUCACAUCACCCAUCUUUCAGACAUGCUAAACGUCAUCUUCACUGUACUUUUUACCGUGGAAAUGAUCCUCAAACUUGGAGCCUUCAAAGCAAAGGGUUACUUCGGGGACCCCUGGAACGUCUUUGAUUUCAUAAUCGUGGUGGGCAGUAUUGUUGACGUCAUACUAAGUGAAAUUGAUGCGGCUCUUGCUGCUCAGGGUGGACUGUAUUGUCUCACUGGCUGUUCUGAAGUGAAUCCAAUGCAAGCCAUAGCAGACUCUGAGAAUAUGAGCGUGUCAAUCACACUCUUCCGGCUUUUCCGUGUCAUGCGUCUGGUGAAACUGCUCAACCGUUUUGAGGGCAUUCGCAACCUGCUGUGGACCUUCAUCAAAUCAUUCCAGGCUUUGCCAUAUGUGGCUCUCCUCAUCGUUAUGCUGUUCUUUAUCUACGCCGUCAUCGGCAUGCAGGUGUUUGGCAAAAUCGCACUAUUAGACGGUACCAUGAUCAACCGUAACAACAACUUCCAGACGUUUCCUCAAGCUGUUCUACUGCUGUUCAGGUGUGCCACAGGCGAGGGCUGGCAAGAGAUCAUGUUGGGCUGUUUGUACGGUCAAUGUUGUGACCCCAAGUCAGAAUACCUACCUGGAGAGGAGUACACCUGCGGCUCUGGAUUUGCUAUUCUCUACUUCAUGAGUUUUUACAUGCUCUGUGCUUUUCUUAUCAUUAAUUUGUUUGUUGCUGUGAUCAUGGACAACUUUGACUAUCUGACCCGUGAUUGGUCGAUACUCGGUCCGCAUCAUUUAGACGAGUUCAAGAAGAUCUGGGCUGAAUAUGACCCAGAGGCAACGGGGCGCAUUAAACACCUGGAUGUCGUGACGCUGCUGAGGAGAAUCCAGCCACCGCUUGGGUUUGGAAAGUUUUGCCCCCAUCGUGUUGCCUGCAAGAGACUGAUUUCCAUGAACAUGCCUCUGAACAGCGAUGGAACCGUGACGUUUAAUGCCACGCUGUUCGCUCUGGUCAGAACUGCACUGAAAAUUAAAACCGAAGGUAAUUUCGAGCAGGCCAACGAAGAGCUACGUGCGAUUAUUAAGAAGAUCUGGAAACGCACCAGUAUGAAACUGCUUGACCAGGUCAUUCCACCAAUCGGAGACGAUGAGGUAACAGUGGGGAAGUUUUACGCCACGUUCCUGAUCCAGGAUCACUUCAGGAAGUUCAUGAAACGCCAGGAGGAAUAUUACGGAUACCGGCCCAACAAGAAAAACAAGAACACCACAGAGAUUCAGGCGGGUCUAAGGAGCAUCGAGGAGGAGGCCGCGCCUGAGCUUCAGCGGGCCAUUUCUGGAGAUCUUCUGAACGACGAGGAGAUGGACCGAGCCAUGGACGAGGCCGGAGAGGAGGGGAUCUACAGGCGAGCAGGCGGCCUGUUUGGAAACCAUGUGGAUCGGUUCACGAUGGAGAGAGGAACCCCGAUGGCCACCCAAGUGACCAGCCAGCGCCCCCUACAGAUCGCAGACAGCAGAGCGGAGGAGACGGAGGCCUCGGCUGCAUAUGUUCAUUACCACGCCAACACCAACACCAAUAAUAACACCAACACCAAUAAUAACACAGCCAGACAGAGCAGACGUGAACUCCGUUUCCCAUCAUGCAUCAGUGCAUCCAGACAGCACGGUCCAGUGAGUGCAGCGGAGUUCCUCAUCCAGGAGGCUCUGACCGCCGGAGGUUUGGAGAGUCUUGCCAGCGACUGGCGUUUCGUGUCCGUGACGAAGGCAGAGAUGGCCGAGGCCCUUCACGUGGAUCUCGCCGUGCUGGAGCGGAAAUCAGCAGCCGUUCUUAACAAACGUAAAGGACAGUGUGUGUCCAGGAAGAGGGAGACGCCUGUGUCUCGUCCAGAUAAUACACACUGCCAGGUGUAACCAUCAUCAGAGGCGUCUGGUAGAGCGGAGUUAAUAGGGCUGGG